CCCAGUUGGAAACAGAAGUUCCCAUAGUACAGGGCAGCAGCUUUUUGUGAGCAGGGCUUUUCUUCCCACAGCCUACCGAGAAGUCAAACUGUGGCAAAUCAACUCAUCCCAUCGACUGGCCCAGAUCAAGAACAAACCAUUCACCAUGUCAGUCAAAAAGGAAGGUGCCCACAAGAAGUGGGCUGCCCUGAAGGAGAAACUCGGACCCCAGGAGACCGACCAGUCAGAGGCCAACCUGGAAAAUGCAGAGCCAGAGCUGUGCAUCCGUCUCCUGCAAAUGCCCUCAGUGGUGAACUACUCCGGGCUGAAGAAGAGGCUGGAGAACAGUGAUGAUGCCUGGAUGGUCCAGUUCCUGGAGCUGUCUGGGUUGGAUCUCCUCCUGGAGGCCCUGGACAGGCUGUCAGGGCGAGGAGUGGCCAGGAUAUCCGAUGCCUUGCUUCAGCUCACCUGCAUUAGCUGUGUGCGGGCAGUCAUGAACUCCCACAAGGGCAUAGAAUACAUUGUGAGCAAUGAGGGCUACGUCAGGAAACUCUUCCAAGCACUUGACACAACUAAUGUCAUGGUCAAAAAGCAAAUAUUUGAGCUCCUGGCUGCACUGUGCAUUUACUCAUCAGAUGGCCACUCUUUGGCUCUGGAUGCUUUGGACCAUUACAAGAGUGUGAAGAACCAGCAGUAUCGGUUCAGCAUCAUCAUGAACGAGCUGUCCAACACAGACAACGUGCCCUACAUGGUGACACUGCUGAGUGCCAUCAAUGCCAUCAUCCUGGGCAAAGAAGAGCUAAGAACAAGGACACAAAUCAGAAACGAGUUCAUAGGGCUGCAGCUGUUGGAUGUUUUAGACAAGCUAAGAGACAUCGAGGAGGAGGAUCUGCUUAUCCAGUGUGACACAUUUGAGGAGUUCAAAAUAGAGGAUGAUGAGGAAUUACUAAGGAUAUGUGAUGGCAUAAACAUGAAUGAUCAUCAUGAGGUCUUUUCAUCUCUCUUCAACAAAGUGAGCCGCUCUCCAGUCUCUGUCCAGCUGCUGUCCAUCCUGCAGAGCCUGCUGCACUUGGAACCCUCUCAUCACUCCAGCCUCCUGCUCUGGGAGUCCUUGGAUGCCGUAGUGAACAGAGCCCUUUUACUCGCCAAUGACAUCCAAGGGAACACAGUUGAAGAAGUCAUUGAGAGGCUGCUGUCUAUCAAAAAACAUCCAAACAAGCAAAAGCGAGCUGAAAACCGCCUGUCUGGGAGCGCAGCUGGAGGUGUCCAGGCUGAGCCAGAGCCAUGUGCACGUGCAGCUCGGUGUCCAGUGGGAUCAUCAAACCCCACCAGGGCACCAGCAACAUCCUCAGGGCCAUUGGACAGCGAAAAGAAGAUCUUAUCCUGCCAGUUCACAGCCUGCUGUGCUCUGCCAGAGAAAUCUAACCCUCCCUCCAACACUGCUGCCAACCCAGCACCUCCAGCCCCACCACCUCCACCCUCUGGCACAGCAGCCAUGACCCCCUCAUCCCCCAUGACAAACACACCUCCAGCCCCUCCACUCCCUGGCAUCCCUCCCCCUCCACCCCCACUGCCUGGCAUGGGGGAUAUUCCCCCUCCUCCGCCUCCUCCACCAUUGCCUGGCAUGGGGGGCAUUCCUCCUCCUCCACCCCCACUGCCUGGCAUGGUUGGUAUCCCUCCUCCUCCACCCCCACUGCCUGGCAUGGUUGGUAUCCCUCCUCCUCCACCCCCACUGCCUGGCAUGGUUGGUAUCCCUCCUCCUCCACCCCCACUGCCUGGCAUGGUUGGUAUCCCACCCCCUCCACCUCCCUUACCUGGCAUGGGUGGUCUCCCACCCCCUCCACCCCCAUUACCUGGCAUGGUUGGUAUCCCACCCCCUCCACCUCCAUUGCCUGGCAUGGGUGGCAUCCCUCCCCCUCCACCCCUCCUUCCUGGCAUGACAGGGGAUCACAUAGAAGCCGUGGUGGCCUCCCAGUACAGCUGCCCCCUGGGCUUGGGCAGGCCUCCCCACAAGGCAGUGAAGACACCAACGCUGAGAAUGAAGAAGCUGAACUGGCAGAAGCUGCCCUCCAACGUGGUGAGAGAGAGCCACUCAAUGUGGGCUUCUGUGAGCAGCAGCAGUGAGGAAACGAUAGAGCCCAAUUACAGCAGUAUUGAGCAGCUGUUCUGCUUCCCACAGCCAACCCCCAAGGAGAAGACAGCAGCACCAGUGAAGGCAGAGCCGAAGGAGAUCACAUUUUUGGACUCCAAGAAAAGUCUCAAUUUGAACAUAUUUUUGAAGCAAUUUAAAUGCUCCAAUGAAGAGGUGACUGCCAUGAUCCAGAAUGGGGACCGGACCAAGUUUGAUGUGGAGGUUCUGAAGCAGUUGCUGAAGCUGCUGCCUGAAAAGCAUGAGAUAGAAAACCUGAAGGCCUUCAAAGAAGAGAAAUCAAAGCUAGCAAAUGCAGAUCAGUUCUAUCUUCUCCUCCUUCAGAUUCCCAGCUACCAGCUGCGCAUUGAGUGUAUGCUGAUCUGUGAAGAGACCACCGUCGUGCUCGACAUGAUUCAGCCCAAAGCUGAAGCCAUCCGGAGAGCCUGUGAAGAUCUUCUAACCAGUCAUCGCCUGCCAGUCUUUUGUCAACUGAUUCUUAAAGUUGGAAACUUCCUGAACUACGGAAGUCACACAGGCGAUGCCGAUGGGUUUAAAAUCAGCACUUUACUCAAACUAACAGAAACCAAAGCCAACCAAACCCGCAUUACACUGCUCCACCAUAUUCUAGAGGAAGUAGAAAACAGCCACAAGGACCUACUGGAACUGCCAAAGGAUCUUGAAUAUGUUUCAAAAGCAGCAGGAAUUAAUCUUGAUAUUAUACGCACGGAGUCUGGUACCAAUUUAAAGAAGUUGCUGGAGCUUCAGCGGAAAGUCUUAUCAUCAAAUGAGGAUGUGAAACAACAGUAUGAGAAACCCAUCCAGGACAGCAUUGAUGCCUCCAGAAAGCUGGAAGAAGAAUUUGAAACCAUUGAAAAGAAGAGAGAGGAACUUGCAAAUUAUCUCUGUGAAGAUCCAAGCAAGUUGUCCUUAGAGGACAUAUUUAGCAUCAUGAAGACCUUCAGAGAUCUCUUCAUCCGAGCCCUGAAGGAAAACAAGGACAGAAAGGAGCAAGCUGCCAAAGCAGAGAAGAGGAAAAAACAGCUAGAAGAGGAAGAGGGGAAGAGACAGAAGGGAGAAAAUGGAAAAGUCAUCAAGAAGGGGCUGGUGAAGCAGGAGGAGGUGUGUGUCAUCGACGCCCUGCUCGCCGACAUCAGGAAAGGGUUCACGCUGAGGAAGACGAAGAACAGACACGAGGCCGAGGCAGUUCCUAAACCCUUGUCUGCAGAGAGCCCAGAGGAAAGCCAGUCUGGACAGAGCAUGAAGGAUCCACAAGCAGCAAGGAAGCAGAUUGAUGACAAGACCAAGCAAAACAAGGAUGAUCAUCCCUCAGAAAGCACUCCUCCCUCAACCACUGCCCCAAUGGAGACAGGUGGAGGUGUUACAAAUGCUUCAGCUUCAGGCCAGGUAUCUGAAAACAGUGCUGGAGGAGGUCUGCCACUGGAGUCCCAGACCAAAAGCCCCUCAGAGAGCAUGGUGGAAGCUGAUGGAGCCAGUCAGACCACGCUGGGCCAUGGGAUGGAGCAGUCAAACAACAUGGAAAGCCUCCAGCCCAGCUCAAAGAGUGGCUCCCUUGCCUUCUCUGUGGCUGACAUAGGCACAAGGAUAAGCUUUGUGAGCAGCACUUCAGCCUCUGCUCUGAGAGACCAGCUCAGCUGGACUAACGGGUCCAUGCCAGGAGGCCAGGACAAGGAAUGCCCAGCUGGUGGCUCAGAGGGUGCUCAGCCUGCUCCCUGCAGUGAUGCCCAGCAGGCAGAGUCAAAAGAAAUGACCAAGGAAAAUGAAGACCCGGGUACAGACUCGCUGUUGGACACAUCUCAAGACAAGUCCUUCUCAGAGGAGCCGGCCACUGACUCCUCUUGCUCAGCAACACUUCCCCCAGAGCAAACUCACAGCGACAGGGAAAAGCAGAGGCCAUCAGGGAAAAGGAAGAAGAAGAAGAGGCACAGCAAAAGCUACUCAGCAGAGGUUGAGACUGAUACUGGAGAUAAUAAAACAAAAAAAGGUUGUGUGGCACAAUGAGGUGUCGUGGCAAGGCAGAAGGUAUGAGAGAACCUCUCAUGUGUCCCUGGAGUGCUGCCAGCUUCUGGGACUCCAGGUUCUGCAUCAAUGAAAUGCCACCAUGGACAACUUCUUCCCCAUGAAGACCCACAGCCUCUCCUCAUGCAGCCUUUCACCCCCCUCCCCAGGACCUAAAGAGCCUCCCCAGAGACUUUGGACCCCUCAGCCUGUGCCUUGCACUGGGCACCUGUGGGGGCAGGGGAUGGUUCUGUGCAUAGUGGUGGUGAAAGGGUCAGACCUGUCAUCCACUGUCCUGGAAGCCAGGUCUUUCAACCUGCUCUUAGGCCAAACUCCUCUUGAAAUGACAGCUGAGUGUGGCCCAAGAACAGACUGCAGUGUUUAGCCCUUGAAGAAGUGUUAAAAACAGUAGUGCCUCAAUUAAAUUAAGGGUAUAAAUUAAGCAGUGGCUGUACCAUCACAGGUGGGGGUGUGUUGUGUUAAGUCCCUCUUCUCAUUGCCCACUGAUGACUUAUAUUGGACCAGGUCCAAGACCCAGAUUAGACAAAUGUAUUUUUACUCUCAAUUGCUUAAAGCAAGGGAGAUUGGUUACAGGGAAAAAAAAAAAAAAAAAAAAAAAAAACAA